GUCCUGGAGCGCAUCAUGGACGAGUGCAUCCCCACGCAGCGCCACAGCCGGGACUACCUGGUCAAGUUCCCCGAGGAGCUCUUGGUGGACAACCUCGGGAACCACAUGCUGUUUGCUGCCGAGUGUCUCCUGGCUGGGACCUUCCUGGAGAUGGAGGAGUCAGACGGGGCCCAGCUGCGGCCCCAGGCCAGGAAUCUGCUCUGCAGCCUGGAGCUGGUCCGGACCGUGCUGCGGGAGCAGAGCCUGAGCCAGCCCAACUGCUACCCAGAGCCUGUCCGGGCUGUGCUCAUCCAAUUCGACCGGCUCUUUGCAGAGUUUGAGCUGAGCUACGUGUCCUCGCUGGUGGCAGUGAAGUCUCCUGAUGAGAUCUACAGGCAGCAGGAGAUCAUCGUGCUCUUCUGUGAGACCGUGGAGAGAGCCCUGCACCUGGGCUACCUGACCCAGGAGAUGAUCGAUGGCUAUGAGCCACUGCUGAUGUUCACCAUCCCUCGCCUGGCCAUUAUCAGUGGUCUCCUCAUCUACCCCGAGGGACCCCUCAGCCUGGAGCGGAGCCCUGAGGAGAUGUCCCGGGUCUUCAGCCCCUUCUACAACCUCCUGAAGAAGAUCAGGGACCUGUUGCGGGUGCUGUCAGCAGAGGAGCUCUGCGUGCUGGAGAGGAGCCUGUGCACAGCCGAACAGGAGGAGCCCUGCAGCCCAGAGGCGCCCCCAGCCUGGGGGGCAGCUGUGCCCAGUGUGGACCCUCCUGCUCCCUUCAGUCUUCUGGAGGUCCCUAAUGCCACCCAACCACUCCCCACCUGCACAACACAACUGGGACCCCCCAGUGCAGUGGGUGAUCUGGGCACCGACUGGCAGCAAGGGUGUGCAGAGGGCCAAGAUGACAAAUCCCUGUCCACUGGGACAGGUGUAUCUCACACCAUCCCUGGUGUAAUGGUCACCUCCCCCCUGCGCAGCCCCCAGACCCUGGGGAGCAGCCCAGGGGUGGGGGUCAGUGCCGCCCCCGGUGCCUGCUGCUCGGAGCUGCGCUCCCGCUACAGCAGCACCAAGGACAUGCUGCACACCCUCUUCGUCUGCAUCUCGGGGGUGGCCGACCAGCUCCAGACCAACUUUGCCAGUGACAUGCGAAGCAUCUUGAAAACGGUCUUCAAGAUCGUCUGCUCGCAGGCGGAGCCCUCAGAGGAGCAGAGUUACAACAAGGAGAAAGAUGGUAGCUCCCGUGUGACAGAUGCUCCUCGUGUGGCUGACUGCCCGCUGUGCUCCAGCCCUGCAGAGGCUGCCAGGCUCCGGAGGGCAGCAGGUGCCCAUCCCCUGCCCGAGUGGGUGCCCGACAGCACAUGCAGCCAGUGCUCUGCCUGCCGCUCGCCCUUCACGCUGCUGCGCCGCCGGCACCACUGCCGCAGCUGUGGGAGGAUCUUCUGUGCCCGCUGCUCACCGAACACCGCCGUGCUGCCCUGCUACAGCCAGAGCAAACCCGUCCGUGUCUGCACCCACUGCUACAGCACGCACCUCCCGCCCGUGUCCCGCUGUGCCCGGAGCCAGUGA